AUGGCCGCUCCCGAAGUCCACCACCUCUUCCACCACCCCAUCGCCGACCACUCGUUCUCGGCCGAUCGCAAGACGCUGGCCGUCGCCCGCGACACGUCGAUCGACCUCUACGGACGCGUCGGCAACGCCUUCAAGCUCAAGGACGAGCUCAAGGGCCAUGACAAGACCGUCACCAGCGUCGACAUUGCCCCCAACAGCGGCCGCAUCGUGACCUGCUCGCAGGACCGCAACGCCCUCGUCUGGGAGCCCUCGCCCACAGGCUACAAGCCGACGCUCGUGCUGCUGCGCAUCAACCGCGCGGCCACGGUCACCCGCUGGUCGCCCUCGGAGGAAAAGUUCGCCGUCGGCUCGGGCGACCGCGUCAUUGCCGUCUGCUACUUUGAGCAGGAGAACGACUGGUGGGUCUCCAAGCAUCUGCGCAAGCCCAUCCGCAGCACCAUUACCAGCGUCGCCUGGCACCCCAACUCGGUGCUUCUGGCGGCCGGCUCGACGGACGCGCACGCCCGCGUCUUUUCGAGCUUCCUCAAGGGCACGGACCAGCGCCCCGAGCCCAGCGCAUGGGGCGAGCGGCUGCCCUUCAACACCGUGUGCGGCGAGUAUCUGAACAACGCCGCCGGCUGGGUGCACGCCGUGGCCUUUUCGCCGAGCGGGGACGCGCUGGCCUUUGCGGCGCACGACAGCAGCAUCACGGUCGUGUACCCGAGCGCCCCCGACCAGCCGCCCAAGGCCGUGCUGAGCAUCCCGACGCAGCUGCUGCCGUUCUCGUCCCUCUUCUGGAGCGGCGAGUCGGAGAUCAUUGCCGCCGGCUACGACUGCGAGGCCUUCCGCUUCCAGGGCGGCGUGCAGGGCUGGGCGCUGGUGGGCUCGCUUGAGGCCAAGGGCGGCCGGGCGGGGUUCGGCGACGACGACCGCGAGGAGUCGGCGCUCAACAAAUUCCGCCAGAUGGACCUGAUGGGCCGCACCAAGAACGACACCCAGCUCAAGACGACGCACCAGAACACCAUCAACACGAUCCGACCCUUUGAGUCGUCGGCCAGCGGCGUGACCAAGUUUUCUUCGAGCGGCGUUGACGGCCGUGUUGUUAUCUGGCACACGUAA